AUGAGUGAAGGUGAAACAAAGACUAAGCAAGAUUCUGGCUAUCUCGUUCACUUAUUUGUUGGUGAACAGAACACAGCGGAGCUUGCCGUACUUCAAAAGAUUGCAAUGAAGUUCGGUCUUACAGCAUGGGACCAGAUGACUCAAUAUCUUCCAUGGAGAAACCGUGCUGCACUUAGAACAACAAUGUGCAGGAUUAUCAGAAAGCAAGCUCUUUCAGAAUACGAUGGCAUUCGUGCUGAUCCUAUCCAAAUUCAGAAGGAUAACGAUAUUAUUGCUGAACAGAUUCAAAAAGGCAAAGGAAAUGACGAUUACCUAUUCAAAGGCGGCGUUUUGGUCAACGCUCGUUGGGAUCGCAGUCCAGAAGAAUGGGCCAAGGUUAGGAAACAAAAUUCAGAAAAGUAUGAGAUUUCUGAACAAGAAGCAAAGGAUAUUACAAUUCCAUCAAUCAUAUCUAUCGAUUACAUGCGUCAACAAUGCUUCAAACGCCGCGAGUCAUUACUUGUUCGCAGAGCUGCUUUAUUAGCUGAAAAAGCUAGAAGAAUGGAAGUAAAGAACCCAGAUUUGAAGGUUGAUGACCUUCAGAUCAGAAGUGGCCGCGAUAUUGUUAUUCCAGCUCCAUCCAAUAAAUUAUCAUUGGACAAGAACCCAGAAGAAUGCUUCUUCAAGCCAACCGAAUAA